UUUAGCUGUGUUUUCUGUCCUUGUAUUUUAUCAUUGAAUGGAAAACAAUCCGCUAGAGGUCCCGUCAGCUUCCGCUAUAUGCCUGCCAGAGUUAAAAGAGAUGCUCUAAGAGUCAAACCCUUAGUUUCGUGCUGGUAGCUUCGCCAGAGGUGGAGACACCCGGCAGCCCCGGGAGCUGGGAGCUCACUCCCAGGUGGAAAAGGCAUUGCGACCGCAGAGUGACCAGUGUGCUUCUCCACGAAGCUGAGGGCUCUGUGUCUGCGGAUAUCCUCCGAGACCUAAGCAACGAACACUAAGAAAGAAGGAAGGAAUGAGGUUGGAUACGGUGCAGUAAAACUGAGCACUUUAAGGACAGCAAAAGGCACUACAACUGAGCCCUGCUUUGUGCAAUCAUAAUGAGAACUUACCAUUACUUCUUGCUGCUUUUUUGGGUUGGUCAGCCCUACCAAAGUUUCUCAAGCCCUUUUUCUAAGAGGACUAGUGGCUUUCCAGAGAAGAAAAAGACACUGGAGCUAUCUGGAAGUAAUAAGAAUGAGCUUAAUCGAGCAAAAAGGAGCUGGAUGUGGAAUCAGUUCUUCCUCUUGGAGGAAUACACAGGAUCCGAUUAUCAGUAUGUUGGCAAGUUACAUUCAGACCAAGAUAGAGGAGAUGGAUCACUUAAAUAUAUCCUUUCAGGAGAUGGAGCUGGAGAUCUCUUCAUUAUUAAUGAAAACACUGGAGACAUUCAGGCCACCAAGAGAUUAGACAGAGAAGAGAAGCCAGUGUAUAUCCUUAGGGCUCAGGCUAUAAAUAGAAGAACAGGAAGACCAGUAGAACCAGAAUCUGAAUUUAUCAUAAAGAUCCAUGAUAUCAACGAUAAUGAGCCCAUGUUCACCAAGGAUGUUUACACUGCCACUGUUCCUGAAAUGUCUGAUGUUGGUACUUUUGUUGUUCAAGUCACUGCAACUGAUGCUGAUGAUCCCACCUAUGGAAACAGUGCUAAAGUAGUCUACAGUAUUCUCCAAGGACAACCCUAUUUUUCAGUUGAAUCUGAAACAGGCAUCAUCAAAACAGCAUUGCUCAACAUGGAUCGAGAAAACCGAGAGCAAUAUCAAGUGGUUAUUCAAGCUAAAGACAUGGGAGGCCAGAUGGGAGGCUUAUCUGGCACCACCACAGUGAACAUCACCCUGACUGACGUGAAUGACAAUCCUCCGCGUUUUCCUCAGAGCACUUACCAGUUUAAAACUCCUGAGUCAGCUCCUCCCGGUACACCAAUAGGCAGAAUCAAAGCAAUUGAUGCAGAUGUAGGUGAAAAUGCAGAAAUUGAGUAUAGCAUCACUGAUGGAGAGGGUCUAGACAUGUUUGAUGUCAUCACUGACCAAGAAACACAGGAAGGAAUUAUUACUGUUAAAAAGGUUUUGGACUUUGAAAAGAAAAAAUUGUAUACCCUCAAAGUGGAAGCUUCCAAUCCACGCGUGGAGUCCCGUUUUCUCUACUUGGGACCAUUUAAAGAUACAGCCACAGUUAGGAUCAUGGUGGAAGAUGUUGAUGAGCCUCCUGUGUUUGGCAAACUAGCCUAUGUCAUGCAAAUAAGAGAAGAUGCUCAGAUAAACAGUACAAUAGGCUCAGUGUCAGCCCAGGACCCUGAUGCUGCCAAGAAUCCUGUCAAGUAUUCUGUAGAUCGACACACUGAUAUGGACAGAAUAUUCAACAUUGAUUCUGGAAAUGGUUCCAUUUUUACCUCUAAACUUCUCGACCGAGAAACGUUGCUGUGGCACAACAUUACUGUCAUAGCAACAGAGAUCAACAAUCCAAAACAAAGUAGUCGUGUACCUUUAUUUAUCAAAGUGCUGGAUGUUAAUGACAAUGCCCCAGAGUUUGCUGAAUUCUAUGAAACUUUUGUUUGUGAAAAAGCAAAGGCAGAACAGUUGAUCCAGACCCUGAGUGCUGUUGACAAGGAUGACCCUUACAGUGGACACCAAUUUUCCUUCUCCUUGGCUCCUGAAGCUGCUGGCAGUUCAAACUUCACCAUUCAUGACAACAAAGACAACACAGCAGGAAUCUUGACUCGAAAAAAUGGAUACAAUAGACAUGAAAUGAGCACCUACCUCCUGCCUGUGGUGAUCUCUGACAAUGACUACCCAAUUCAAAGCAGCACAGGGACCGUGACCAUCCGUGUCUGUGCAUGUGAUCAUCACGGCAACAUGCAGUCCUGUAAUGCAGAGGCACUUAUUCAUCCAACUGGACUAAGUACUGGGGCUCUGAUUGCCAUCCUCCUGUGCAUCAUUAUACUUCUAGUGACAGUGGUACUUUUUGCAGCUCUAAGGCGGCAGAGGAAGAAGGAACCUUUGAUCAUUUCCAAAGAGGACAUCAGAGAUAACAUUGUCAGUUACAAUGAUGAAGGUGGUGGAGAGGAAGAUACUCAAGCCUUUGAUAUUGGCACACUAAGAAAUCCUGAAGCCAUAGAAGACAAUAAAUUACGAAGAGAUAUUGUGCCAGAGGCACUUUUUCUUCCUCGACGGACUCCAACAGUACGGGAUAACACUGAUGUCAGAGAUUUCAUUAACCAAAGGUUAAAGGAAAAUGAUACAGAUCCUACUGCCCCGCCAUAUGACUCCUUAGCUACCUAUGCAUAUGAAGGCAAUGGUUCUGUGGCAGAAUCCCUGAGCUCUUUGGAGUCUGUCACUACAGAUGGAGAUCAAGACUAUGAUUACCUUAGUGACUGGGGGCCGCGGUUUAAGAAACUGGCAGACAUGUAUGGUGGCACAGACAGUGAUAAAGACUCUUAAUAUGUUGCCUUUUUUUCAUUUUCCAAUACAGCAUUGAGAUAUGUGAAGUGGCUAUUUCUUUAUAUUUAUCCACAGCUCUGUGAAAGGGUCCUCUAUUCUACCAAUUCCAAAUGUUAAUGACUGCAGUCUGUGUGGAUCAAAUGUUAGAGACUUUUUCUAGUAAACUUUUAUGAGUUUCCAAGAGACAAAAUUUUAUUUUUUAGUGCAUCCAGUUUAACAACCCAGUUUUUCAGGCACAGUGGUAGUAGAGAGGACAAGUAGCAAUAUUUUUACUUGUUCUCUCAAUGUAUAUUUGAGGAUAUUAUUCCUUCCACUCAUCUGUUCUUUUGCCUAGCUUUCAUUUAUUCAACUCAGAUGACUGUUCUAACUGUACAUUACACAAUACUGAUGUGAUAAAGAAUUGCAAUUUAACCUAAAUACAGUAUUAUAGUAAAAGUAAUGGGGAAAGAAUAAUCAUGAAUAUUAGUAUUGACUGACAAAGAGAUGAAAAGUCAUGUAUACUAUAAUUUUACAGGUAAUUCAGAAAUACCAGCUAGCCAUUAUCUCCUGUUCCUUGAGUAUUUUUUUUUCAGUAUUAACUACUCUUCCAAAAGCAUGAAGUUAGUUAGAAAUCAAGGGUACACAUUCCAUAGAUCAAUCUAUCAUUGGAUACACUGUUCUUUGGAUAUAAUAUUGUAGGCCAGCCCAACUAAGAAUAUGCAAUUUCAAUAUGAAUUUAUCAUAGUUUUAUGAUAAACUUCAAGUCAAAAAGCAUUAAGUGAUUAUCAUUCACCAAUUUAGUCAAAAUCACAAAGUGGUAGUUUAAAAUUUUAAUUCUCUCUCUACUAAUUCAGAACUUAUGAUCAUAUAUAGGCAUGCUGAAGUUUUACCCUUGCAUUAUAUUAUGCUUCAAUAUUUCAAGGAUUUGAUCUUUCAUCUCUAUGGAUAUUUCCCCACCAAUGCAGGUCACACAGUUCCUUCAAACCUUAGUAGUUCCUCUUAUUGAAUUAUUGAAGCCAUUUAUCAUCUGGUAACCAACCUUUUGGUGAUGAGCCUCUACAAACUGAGACAGGCUAAUUAAUGAAAGGCAGUCCUUUACCAGCCCCAUCCUGGAAGCUUUUCCAAUUUGACCCUUGCUCGCAUAACUCUUGAAAACUGAAGAGAACUUCCUCUAUGAGGUAACAUAAUAACAAUGUGAGAGGCAUCAUAUGGGGGAGGAAAAUCAAAAAUCUGACAAGCAAUCAGUAGUGUAAACAAAGGAAAUAUUUAACUUUAUUAAAUUGAAGAGCAGCAAACUAAUUGAAAUUAUCAAUUGAGAUUAUCUAAACUGUUUAUAUUAUUUAAAUUCUAAACUAUAAAUGAGCUAAUCACAAAUAAUGCUAUUUGUUAAAGCUCAUAAAAAUUGUCAGAGAUAGUUCAAUUCUUUUUCUCCUGUUUUUGUCAGCAGUUUCACUGCAUGUUUGUAAAAGUAAUAAAAUAUUUGUAUAUUUUUUAAAUCUGGCAUUUUAGGCUUUUCACCAAAUUAAACUAAAUUUUUCUUGAUUAGUGUGAAUUUAGUGACAUAUGAAUAACUCAAAUCAUGCUAUUGGUGGUGAGGUGAGACCUAAAAUUUGCAACUGAGUUUUGUUAAUUUACUUGGAUUUCUAUAUACUUACUUAAAUAGAUUUGAUAUAGACAUAGCUAUAGAUGGAUAAAAUUGGACUUUGUAGUAUUUAAUGAUAAAAUUGGAAGUCUAUCAUUAAAAUGCUUACAGAAGGCAAAUGAAAAUCUUGGAUAUCUUGAGUGAGGGAAACAGGGUUGUUCAAGGUAUUAAUUAAAAUAAUAGUCAACUUUUUAAAAAAUGCAUUUCUUUUACAUUUAUUUUGUCUUUGUUCUCAUGGCAAUUCUGUCAUUCCUGCCUUGAAAAUUAAUACUAAAAGCAUUGUUCCACAUCAUGACAAAGAAGUAAUGUAAAAAUAGUUGAAAGCAUCAUUCCUAUUAUUGCACUUUUACUAUCCAUGUAGUGGUUUAUUUGGAAGAGCUAAUUUAUGAAAAAGUUUUUUAAAAAAAUUUUUUAGUAAAUUUCAUUGAUGUCAUGAUACAUCAUCAUGAUCUAAUUUAAAGAACCCUAUCAUGUGCAAUGAUAAGGAAUGUCCAAGGUACUGUAACUUUAGCAAUCUUUGUUUAUAAACUUAAAUCUUUAAAAAAUAAUUUGUUUAUAUAUAAACAAAAACUUAUAGAUAUGCUUAAUACACUGGUUUGUCUUAGGGAUUUAUUUUCUGUUAACAUUAAUUUACUAUAGAUAUUCUAAUUGUGAAUUGAGUAUUAGGAUAUUGCCAUUUUUUAUUCUCUCACAAAAAUAAAGAUAUUUAAGUUAAUAAAGAGAUAUACCAUUUAGUAGA